AUGUCAGCUUUGAACCUCACCCACUCGGACCCGUCAACAUUUAUUCUAAUGGGCAUCCCUGGCAUGGAAGAUGCCCACGUCUGGAUUUCCAUCCCUUUCGCUACCUCCUACAUUAGCAGCCUAUUGGGAAAUUUCAUGGUUCUGUUUGUUGUAGGCAAAGAGGAGACCCUGCACAAGCCGAUGUACCUGCUGAUCUGCAUGCUUGCACUCACAGACAUCACCAAGUCUAGCACAAUCAUGCCAAAGGCACUGUGUAUAUUUUGGUUCAAUUUGAAAGGCAUUACUAUGGUUGGCUGCCUCACCCAGAUUUUCUUCCUUCACACAGUUGGUUUUGUGCAGUCUGCUGUUCUCAUGAUAAUGGCCUUUGAUCGCUACGUUGCCAUAUGUACUUUGAGCAUUUCUGAGCCUGAUCGACACAUUGAUAACUUCAUGGCAGCUUUGAACCUCACCCACUCUGACCCGUCAAUCUUCAUCCUAAUGGGUGUCCCUGGCAUGGAAGAUGCCCACAUCUGGAUUUCCAUCCCUUUCUCUACCUCCUACAUUAUCAGCCUGUUGGGAAAUUUCAUAGUUCUGUUUGUUGUAUGGAAAGAGGAGACCCUGCACAAGCCGAUGUACCUGCUGAUCUCCAUGCUGGCGCUCACAGACAUCACCAAGUCUAGCACAGUCGUGCCAAAGGCACUGUGUAUAUUUUGGUUCAAUUUGAAAGGCAUUACUGCGCAUGGUUGCCUGACCCAGAUUUUCUUCCUUCACUCAGUUUCUUUCGUGCAGUCUGCUGUUCUCAUGAUAAUGGCCUUUGAUCGCUACGUUGCCAUAUGUAAUCCUCUGAGAUAUGCCACUAUCCUCACCAAUGCACGAAUAGCUAUGCUAGGGCUUGCGGGUUUG